CCAGCCACGGCCCUGAGGUUCCGCGGCUCUCAGCUGACAGACACUCCGGGAAAACUGUUUCUGGGAGCGGCAGGGGUGGAGGCGACAGAAUACUGGUCCCGCUGGCGGAAUAGCGGCUUUCCUCUUUAUGAGCGAAAAGCAUUGAAUGUUAAGCUCACUAUUGCGAAAGUUCCUUCCUUCACCCCCCCCCCCCAACACUCCACCCCUCAUCAUUGAAGCCAAGGGGGAAAAGACAGACUCGACUCGUGCAGCUCAAGAAGUAAAAAAAAGCCUAAAUGAAUCGGUGUGACUAGAUUUUGGGCAGCAAAGGUAAACUCCCAAUCAUAAGCAACGUGGAGCCUGUUUAUCAGAAAGUUAUUUGAUGCUGAAUCAGAAAAAUAUCGAGCACAGAUCAACAGCUGAAUUAGCUGAGCUAAUAGACUGAGCAGAGAUGGAAGUAUGAAUGUGGUUCACACUAAUUGACGGUGUAACUCCUGUUGCCAUGACAACCAGCCAUUGCAGUCACCUGCCUGAGGUUCUUCCAGACUGCACUAGCUUGGUACCUUUAGUAAAAACAGUGGAAGAUUCUGCUGAUGUCGUGAAUGGGCAGCCACAAUAUGUCAUGCAAGUUUCAGCUAAAGAUGGGCAACUGCUGUCAACAGCGGUAGUUAGGACACUGAACACACACAGCACACUCCAUGACCGUCCUAUGUGCAGGAUCUGCCAUGAAGGCAGCAACCAGGAAGAUCUGCUAUCCCCCUGUGAAUGUACAGGAACCCUAGGAACUAUUCAUAGAAGCUGCCUAGAGCACUGGCUUUCUUCUUCAAACACCAGUUACUGUGAACUCUGCCAUUUCAAGUUUUCAGUGGAGCGUAAACCUAGACCAUUAAUAGAGUGGUUAAGAAAUCCAGGCCCACAACAUGAGAAGCGGACUUUGUUUGGCGAUAUUGUGUGCUUCCUGUUUAUAACCCCUCUGGCCACAGUCUCUGGCUGGUUGUGUUUGCGGGGAGCAGUGGACCAUCUACAUUUCAGCAGCCGCCUAGAAGCAGUUGGACUCAUUGCACUAACUGUUGCACUCUUCACUAUUUAUCUAUUUUGGACUCUAGUUUCAUUCCGUUAUCACUAUCGAUUAUACAAUGAGUGGCGUCGAACCAAUCAAAGAGUAAUGCUGCUUCUCCCAAAGUCGUCGGUUGCAUCAUCUUCUCAACAAUUGCUUCUUGGUCUCCAUCCAAUGAAAAGGAACUCAAAAGAAACAAUUGUAUAACUUAUGUCAAUUUCAUAAGAUUCUGGGUUGAAAAUUCCAUGAGCUCUAGCCAAAGCAAAUUAAUUUAGUAUGCUACCUUUCUUCAGAAGUUAGCCUAGCUUCACAAUACAGCGACUUAAUGGGCUUUGGAUGAUUUGAUAAUAUUUUCAGCUUUUCAUAAAAUUGUGUAAUCUUUAUUACUACAAUCAGGCCAACAAUAUAGCCCUUCAUACUAACAUUACUGAUAAUGUAACUUUUUGUAUUUAGUUUCAUUUUAAUGUCAGAUAAUCUUUAUGGAUUUUUGUUUUUUCCCCUUAAUUAAUUGGGUAAUGUACUUGAUGGUAAAUGUACUUGAUGGUAAUGAUGUAGAUUUUGUGUAUUAUUCUAGAAAAUGGGGUUGAUAGAUCACUUUUCAUUUUCUGCAUAAAAGCUUUAUCAGAUUCAGAAAAUUGUGUUUGUUUCCAGAACUUGGAACUUUUCUAACUAUAAUUGGUUAUCAACUAAUUUGUCAUGGGGACGGUCACAAUUUUAAAAUCAAAACUUUUAUGAAAAUGCUUUUAGACUUAUUCUUUUCAAAAAAUUAUGCAAGUGCGAUGAUAAUUUAAUGGCCUGUUGAUCAUGAUACUGCUAUGCAGUAGAUAUGUCACUUUGAAAUAAUUUCUUUUUUCCAUUCCAUCAGAAUGCAAUUUGGGACAGAUUUGCCAAUUUUUUCAAGACUCCGACUAUUUAAUAUAUUAAUUUUAUUAACAUUGAUUAUUCUAAGCAGUCUUAAGUUUGCUGCAAAAUACUGUGUUAUGCAUCAUUUUUAUCUUUUGAGGCCUGCCUACACAAUGUUGCUUUGGAUGUAAUGCAUUUGUAUAAAAAAAAGGCAGUAUAAUUUGUUUUUGUAUGGGAAAUAUUUCUUUAAAUCAAUACACUGGCGCUGUAGUCCAGAAUAAUUUUUGGUACCUAGUUACGUUAUAUGCAAAAUUGCUCAUUAGCACAUCUGAAAAUAGGUUCAUAUCCUGUGUGCAUAAUUAUGAUGUAGAAAUAUUAAAGUCUAGUGGAAUAUUCUACCAGUGGAAAUUAAACCUAAAUGUAUUGUGAUUAGCAUGCAGUACUACAGGCUGUUCAUUUAUGCUAUUAAGCCAAAUGUAUAAUGCCAUAUCAAUGUAUUGUUAACAUAGUGAUCAAAAAGAUAUUUACUUAUUUUUGUUUUGAUGGAUCUAUAACAUUUCACGACAGUAAUUAAGUUAGCUCGAACUUGAUGCGGUGAAUUUUCUCAACCGCAGACAAAAUUUACAAUUUAGUAUUUUUAAUUCUUUGAUCUUUUUUCAGGCUGUUUUAAUUUCCAAAAUUAUAUGACUUCUGAGACCCAAAGGUUUCUGCACUCUGAUAAAAUAACAUUAGGUGAAACAAAUGUUCCUGUUCAAACAUUCAGGACUGGCAAUAUUUUAGCAGGAUGCAUUGAUUUUUAAAUUUUAAAAAAAAUUGUAUAGUACAUUUAGAGUACAUGUAUAGUACAUAGAAAUGUCUGAAAAAUGACACAAAAUCUGAACUGACCUGAAAAUUUAGUAUGAUGAGAAGAAUAAAUAUGCAAAAUGUUAGGGAUAAUGGCAAUAGAAGGAACAAGAUAUUGUGCCCUUCUAAACUUGUGUUGAUUCAUCUUAACAUUCUAAAUUUCUACCUCCUGGAAAGUAUAUAUAAAGAGAGAUGCCAUCCAUAUUGUGCCAUUUUGUUGAAUCCUAUAUACAUUUUAUGUAUCUAGUGUAAGUAAUGAUUUUUUUUUUACUUUUAAUGUAUGUUUUAAACCAAUUGCUUUUCUUUCGAGAUGCGAGGUGGAGAAUUUGAGGGAAGCUGUUUUGGAAAUUGCCAAUGUGUUCCAUAAACGUAGAUCAAGGCUAUGGUCAUGGCUUCAUUAGUCGUGCAUUGUCAUAACUUCUCAUAACCUAAACUAAUUUGCUACUCUGUAAAAUUUAGUUUUGUGCACAACAAUGCAUGUGUUUUCUGCUCUUUGCUGUUCACUUUUGCAGCUGUUAUAAUUUAUUUACAAAUUUUGUAUUAACCAGGAACAAUAGUUAUUGAAAUAAAAUUUGAAAUACAAAAAGUU